AUGAAGAUCAAGGUGUCAGACGCGGAGCAGCUCGCGCACCGCGCCCUCGUCAAGCUGGGCUAUGGCUCAGCCGAGGCCUCGAAGAUCAGCCACCACCUCAUUGACAGUGAGCUUCGCGGCUACGGCGUUGCCGGGCUGGCACGCAUCCUCAGCAUCGCGGAUAGGUUGAAGGGCCAGCCGCCACAGCAGACCGUGAAAGUAACGCGCGAGGCGCCCGCAACCGCGCAGAUUGACGGCCAGGACUCGCUGGGCUAUCUGGUCGCCUACGAAGCGACACGGAUGGCGAUUGAGAAGGCGAAGACCACGGGCGUGGCGGCUGUGGGUGCCAAUGGGACUUGGUAUACGGGCAUGCUGUCGUACUACGCCGAGAUGGCUGCGGCCGAGGAUUUGGUGGCGGUCAUUGCUUCGAAUUGCACGGCCUGGGUCGCACCAGAGGGAGGCUACAAGCCCAUGUUUGGUACGAAUCCUUAUUGCGUUGGCUUUCCGUCUGGGGACGUGCCGAUCAUUUACGAUAUCGGCACUUCAAAAAUCAUCCAUGCGGACAUCAUGCUUGCACGGAGGCUUGGACGGGAGCUGCCAGCUGAUUCGGCCUUCAACAGCGAGGGCGAAAUGACGAUUGACCCUCACGAAGCAUUGCAGGGGGCGAUGGCCGUGUGGGGCGGUCACCGAGGUAGUGGGCUGGCGAUUGUUGUGCAGCUGCUUGGGGUUAUGGCAGGGUCACCAGCCUUUCCGCCUGAUUUAGAGGACUUUGGAUAUAUGAUCAUAGUGGUAAAUCCCGCCAUGUUCCGGCAGAUUGAGGAGUUCAAAGCCGAGAUCGAUGCGUUCUCGGCGAAGAUGAGGGAUAGUCCGCCUUUACCCGGUGGCUCGCAGCUGAGGAUGCCCUUUGAAAGGUCAAAUGGUAUUCGGCAGAAGAACCGUGAGGCUGGGGAGAUUGACGUGGAGGAAGGCGUUGUUGAUCGGCUAAAAACCCUGCUGGAGGGGAGCUAG